AUGGCCGAAAACUCACAAGUCGAGGGUGUUAUUGACACGCAUAUUCAAGUUCCCCCUCCCGUAAGGGCAGCGCCGCAGCCAGACUUAUCGAAAAAUACGAACGAGAAAGACACUCUACAAAUCAACACUCAGCCGCCGAUCCCUGACAUAAUCGUUGAAGAGCCCUCAAAGCCGCCAAACAUGGCAGUAAGGGAUAAUAAACCGCCUCAAAUCAUCAAAGAACGUGACCCUCCAAUGGUAACGCCUCUAGAAAGGCUCGAUAGGCAACCUCGGUGGAUCGACUGUCCUGCUUGUAAGCAGCGGACUAAGACACAAGUCAUUGAGGAGGGAAGUGGAAUGCAACUGUAUGUGACAGUCUCAUCUUACGAACUCUUUCUUGAUAUUGUGCUAAAAUUUAUGCCUGUAGUGUAG